AUGAAUUUUGAUUUAGAAAGAUCAAAUUCAACUUCAAAUUUUUUGAUUAAUAAUAAAAUGAAUACUAAUAAUACUGGAUAUUUUAAUAAUAAUGGAAUUAAUUAUAAUUUUAAUUUACAAUUGAUUCCAAAGGAUGAAAAUAAUGAAAUUGUUAAUAAUAAGAAUAAUAACAACAACACUGUAAAUAAUGAUUUGACAGGUAAUACAUUAACAAAUGAUAUUGACCCACCAUUUCAAUUUCCACCAAUUUCAAAUAAUAAGAUUAAUGAUGGUAGAAGAUUAUCAAUUUCAAAUUAUAAUUUUGGUAACGCUAAUUAUUAUGAAUAUGAAGAUUUUGAAAUGAAUUUGAAAUUAGAUAACAACAACAACAACAACAACAAUAAUAAUGCUAUAACUAAUAAUGAAUAUAUUGAACAAUCAAAACAACUAACAUAUUCUUCAACUGGUAUUAGACAGUUGCCAUUAACACAUCAUGAAAUUGAUUUGGAAAAUUAUGAUACAAAUAAUGAAAUUGUUAUCGAUGAUAAUCAAUCCAUGGAAAAUGAAACAGAUAUUGAUAUGAUAGAUAAUGAUAUAUCUGAUAUUCCAUUCGAUUCCAUAACGAGUACUAAUACUACAAAUAAUCAUAAUGCUACUAUUACAGGUAAGAGAAGAAUGCGUGAUUAUUUUAAAUUCAAUUUAUUUAAUUCAAAUAAUAAUAACAAUGGUAACAGUGUUGAAUCUGAAAUAUUAUUAAAAAAUGAUGAAAAUAAUUCACAAUUAAAUGAUCAAUUUAGUUUAAAGAAAAAAUCUUUUUGGAACCCUAAAAAUACACCAUUUUUAAGACGUUAUAAUAGUAAAAAUAAAGAUGAAGAAAAUGAAAUUGAUGAUAUUAAUGGAAUAACAAAAGAACUUGAAUUCUCUGAUCUUUUUGAUAUUGAUAUGCCACUCUCUCAAGAAUUUCAAACUUCUACAGUUCCAAUCAACACUACUACUAGUCUUCCUUCUCAACAAAAACCAAUGUUUAAGAAUGAAUUAAAUCCAAUGAUAAUAAUGGAUCAACCUCAACAAAUUACAGGCGUGAAUCCAUCAUAUACAUUUGAUAACGUAUCAACUGUAAAUAGUUCGGUAAAUAUAUCCUCUCCAGUAAUGACUAUUGCACCAUCAUUGGUGACAAACGAUGAUAUCUCUAGUUCAAUGGUACAACCCAUUAAAUCUAUGAAUCCAUUCGAACAAGAUAUUAUGAAUUAUUAUGAUAUCAGUAAUAAUAAUAAUAAUAAUAAUAAUAACCCAGUGGAACAGUCGCCGAUUGUUAUCAUAAAGGAAGAUCAACAACAAGACGAAGAGGGAGAAGAAAAUAUGGUUGAGUCUCAGGUAUCGAUAGAUUCUUCCGUAGGUGACAUUACAAGAUCAGAAACUCCAAUUAGACAUGAAUUACCACAAACGAUAAAGAGAAGAGCCUCUAACACAGUGCCAAAGACAAGAGGUCGUAAACCUUCUUUAAUUCCAGAUGCAAGUAAACAAUUCUGUUGUGAUUAUUGUGAUAGAAGAUUUAAGAGACAAGAACAUUUAAAGAGACAUAUUAGGUCUUUGCAUAUUUGUGAAAAGCCCUUCACUUGUCAUAUUUGUCAGAAAAAUUUCAGUAGAAGUGAUAAUUUAAAUCAGCAUAUAAAGACACAUGCUCACGAUGAAGAAUGA